CACGCUUCACCACGAACAGGACAUAUAUGCGAUACGAAUAACGAGACUCCUUCGCUGCACCAACAGUCUAGCUGUGAGCUCCUAAGCUCAGUUCCUCUCAGAGCAGCCUUCCACCCUCCACCCCAAGUCGAAAUGGCUCCCCCAAACAACCCCACAGGCUUCAAUAUGAAGACCUUCACGGAUGCUGCCACCAGCCCUCAAUGGCGCGCAAAGGAUCCUUGGGCAAGAGGCGAGGCAUGGCGGUACAGCGGCCCUUUUACCCGAUGGAACCGACUCAAGGGAGCAUUUCCCGGCUUUGGAAUUGCUGCUGUUGCAUUCACGGGCUACGUUAUCUUCGAGGCAGUGUUCCUGAAAGACUCACAUGGGCAUGCCGAGGGCCAUGGAGACAAACACUGAGCGGGCACGCCUAACAUCCUCCCGAUCUGGCUCACGACCAAGUGCUGGAGUGGGCUUUGCCAAACCCUCGGGGAACCAAGACGUCGCCUAUCUUACAACCAAGCGUUGUUGUACAUAUGAGAGCGCAUCGCCUGUAACUAGCUGAGCAAGAGCAAAAAAGAGAAGACUUCGAGGAUGGGACAAGGUCGUCGACUUCUAUUAGUCGAAGUGAAACAAUAUCGCUUGGAAGGCCGUGGGAGGCGAUGUUGCAGCCUCGUCAGCCUCGCACGAUCGUUCUGUGGCUGUACAGAACUCUUUGACAACAGAUAUCCAUUUGCCAAGAUACAAACGAGUAUCAAUGUGUCCGGAAGGGCCCAGAUCUGAUAGCCGGAACCAUUUUGGUUAUUCAACAGAAUUGCUAGAAAGAUGUGUGCAAACCCU